AUGGCCAUCGAGAAGAAGCACGGCAAAGGCCGUUUGGACAAAUACUACUACCUCGCCAAAGAAAAGGGCUACCGCUCGCGUGCCGCCUUCAAGCUCGUUCAGCUCAACAAGAAGUACGGUUUCCUGCAAAAGUCAAGAUGUCUGAUCGAUUUGUGCGCUGCUCCUGGUGGUUGGCUGCAGGUCGCCGCAGAGACCAUGCCCAUCAAGUCCUUGAUCAUUGGUGUUGAUCUGGCCCCCAUCAAGCCUGUUCCCAAGACAAUCACUUUCCAGGGCGAUAUUACUACCGACAAGACUCGCGCUAUCAUCCGUGGACACCUCAAGACUUGGAAGGCCGACACUGUCAUCCACGAUGGUGCUCCCAACGUUGGUACCGCCUGGGUUCAGGAUGCCUUCAGUCAGAACGAACUGGUCCUGCACUCUCUGCGUCUCGCAUGCGACUUCCUCGGCCCUGGCGGUAACUUUGUAACAAAGGUCUUCCGUUCCAAGGACAGCGCAAAGCUCGAGUGGACUUUCAAGCAACUCUUCGACAAGGUCGAGCAGACCAAACCUCCAUCCUCGCGUAACGUCUCGGCCGAAACUUUCUACGUCUGCCGUGGCUUCAAGGCCCCCAAGAACCUCGAUCCCCGUUUCCUCGACCCUCAGUACGCUUUUGCCGAAGUCAAAGAUGCUGUUCCUAACAAUGAGGCCAAGGUCUUCAACCCUGAAGUCAAGAAGAGAAAGAGAGAAGGUUAUGACGAGGGCGACUGGACACAAUACCACGAAGUUCCUGUCAGCGAAUUUAUCCAGACAACCGAUCCUAUUGCUAUUCUCGGUGGCAUGAACAAGCUCACCUUCAACCAGUCUGGAAAUGGCGACAUUGCUCUGGCCACCAUCGACAAGCUCCCCGAGACCACCGAAGAAGUUAGAAUCUGCUGUAACGAUUUGAAAGUCCUCGGUAAAAGGGAAUUCCGCCUUUUGCUGAAAUGGCGUCUUCAAAAAGCCACCGAUGCUGAGAAGAAGGAUGCCGAAGCAGCAGACGACGAAGAAGCCGCCGAAGUCGAAAGCAUGGACGAAGAGAUGAAGCUGCAGGAGGAAUUGCAAAGAUGA